CCACCCGCUGCUCGCUUUUCUGCGCACGCGCCGGGACUUCCGAAAGCGGAGUGGCGCUCCAGCCAGUGAUUGGCUGGAGGUUUGUUAACUAUUCAUGAGGGGGCGGGCAGAGCGGGGCGGCCUUUGUUAAGCAGCGAGGGCGCGGCCGCGGGUACUCUGCUGCCGGCUUCUCGGAGCGGCGCUGGGCGACCAAAGCGGGGUCGAGAUGUCCUACAUCCCGGGCCAGCCGGUCACCGCCGUGGUGCAAAGAGUUGAAAUUCACAAGCUGCGUCAAGGUGAGAACUUAAUCCUGGGAUUCAGCAUUGGAGGUGGAAUUGACCAGGAUCCUUCCCAGAAUCCCUUCUCCGAAGACAAGACGGACAAGGUGAACGGCUGGGACAUGACCAUGGUCACACACGACCAGGCCCGGAAGCGGCUCACCAAGCGCUCGGAGGAGGUGGUGCGCCUGCUGGUGACGCGGCAGUCGCUGCAGAAGGCCGUGCAGCAGUCCAUGCUGUCCUAGCAGCCGCCACCAUCUGCGACUCCUGCCUGCCGCCUCUCUGUACAGUAAUGCCACUUCCACACUCUGUCCCCAUCUGGCUUCCGCUGAGCGCUGGGCCCCAGCUCUGAAGGGCUAUAGCUGGUCCCAGAGGCCUGGCCUGGCCUUCCUUCUCACCCCUGGCCUGGGGCCUCUGGGACCAGCUUUCUCCCCUGGACACUGAGGAUCGGAAACAAGAGCCUGGAGCUGAGUGGCAGCCGGUCUGCUGUGACCACAGGCUCAGGUCCGACCCUGCUGCCUGGCCACAGCAGUGGCUGGGCAAGUGGGAACCACCAUCUCUUGGGGGCCCCUAAAGCUGGGAAAUGCCGGAGGGGCCAGGCCUUUCCUGCUUUUCCCUGGCUGCAGGGUUCGGCUCCGCCUCUGCCCCCCAGCCCUUGUGUGUCCACCCCGCAGUGCCUCUGCCCAUCGGGGGACUGGACACAAAUCCUGCCAGAGGCGCUAUGAAGGUUUGCCCAGAUGAAGCCAGGUGGGCUCCCCGUUCACUCCCACUCUCCCGAGGGGUGCUGGCCUCCCCAGGAUUUGCCUUCUUACAGGAUUUAGACGGGGUUCGAGGUUCACAUUUCAGGGCAGCUCUCAGGAUUGUCAUUUUCCUCUUUGCCUGUGGGUUUAACUUUUGUAUUUUUUUUUAAUCACAAGUUUGAUACAAAAUGAUUUUACCGUACUCUUUGGAGAUGCCCAUUCUACUUUUGAAUUUAGCUUUUACUAAUUCGCAUCUGGAAGCUCAGCAAGUGCACAAGCCUUACUUUGGUUACCGUGGAAACCACUGCCGCCCCUCCCCGACGUGGUGUGCUCAAUAAACAGUACUGGAAUUCA